AUGAGGUUACUAGCCAUCUCCGGUCCCGCCCUGGUGGGCCUUGCGGCGUCAGCCCACGCCGCUUCCAUCAACUACGCGACGGUAAAAGGUUAUUUCCUGCAGGACGAGAGCUCAACGGAUGCCUCUACCUUUGACUUUACUCAAUGGGAGCGCUUCUACCACCAGGUUCUCACGCUCAACAAGGAGUCGUCUCAGGACGUUGAGUAUAAGGUUCUCUUCCUUGGGCGCCACGGAGAGGGAUGGCAUAACGCGGCGGAGGACUACUAUGGGACCCCUGCAUGGAAUUGCUACUGGGCCGAGCUAGAUGGCAACGGUACCGCCACCUGGUUCGACGCGGCACUCACCACCGCCGGCAUAGACCAAGCUCUAGUCGCCCAUAACUUCUGGCAAAAGGAAAUCAACGAGCAGCACAUCCAUACACCGGACAGCUACUAUGUCAGCCCGCUCAAGCGCACUCUCCAAACAGCCAACUACACAUUCACAGGCCUCACUCUGCCCCACGGAAGCACGCCCUUCGUACCACUGAUCAAGGAGCUUUUCCGCGAGGGGAUCAGCAUCCACACCUGCGACCACCGGCACAACCGCAGCUACAUCCACGAACUAUUCCCAUCCUGGCCUAUCGAGCGGGGCUUCACUGAGGAAGACGACCUGUGGAAUGGGGUAACGGCCGAGACAAGCGCGGCCCAGGAUGCGCGAAGCAAAAAGGCUCUGGACUCGGUGUUUUUCUCUACUACCGAUCCUAAGCAAGACGCCUUUGUCUCUGUUACCUCGCACUCCGGUGAGAUCGCUUCUAUCCUUCGGGUGCUGGGACACCGUGACUUCAGUCUGAAUACCGGCGCUGUUAUCCCUGUCCUGGUUCGUGCCGAGAAAGUGGCUGCUACGCCUACUUCAUCAUCGCUUCCUUGGACUGUUAGCCCGCACUGCACGGCGCCCCCGGUUACGUCUGUGUCGGCUUGUGUAUGUCCGUCGAGCGCGGCACCUGUAACGACUCCGCUGGUCUCGAAUCUCUAG